UGUGGCUCUGAUGUGAAGCAGUACGUGUAUGGAGGCUGGGCCUGGGCUUGGUGGUGCAUCACUGACACCCAAAGGAUUUCCCUAGAGAUCAUGACGUGACAGCCCAGGUGUGAGGACGUAGAGACGGCUGAGGGGGGAGCUUUAACUGUCACAGGUGUGGCACAGGUGAAGAUAAUGACUGAGAAGGAGCUUCUGGCUGUGGCCUGCGAGCAGUUCUUGGGGAAGAACGUGCAAGAUGUGAAUGUCCUUCAGACACUGGAGAGGCAUCUGCGCUCCAUCCUAGGUACCCUGACAGUAGAGCAGAUUUACCAGGACAGGGACCAGUUUGCCAAGCUGGUGUGGGAGGUGGCAGCUCCCGAUGUGGGUUGCAUGGGCAUCAAGAUCCUGAGCUUCACCAUCAGGGAUGUCAGUGAUAAAGUGGAUUACCUGAGCUCCCUGGGGAAGACCCAGACUGCAGCUGUCCCGAGGGAUGCAGACACUGGGGUGGCAGAAGCCAAGCGAGACGUCGGCGUCCGGGAGGCAGAGUGCAAGAAGGAAAUGCUGGAUGUCAAGUUCAUGGCAGAUACCAAAAUAGCAGUAUCCAAACAGGCGUUUGAGUUGCAGAAAGCUGAGGAGGUCAACAUGAAGACUGCAGAGGCUCAGAGCAGGGGCUUGGUGGGACAUGGAGUGUGGGGCUCGCUGCACCGGGUCCUGUCCCUCUGGGGCUGCCCCUGCUACAUCCAAAGCCCUUGUCCAGCAACUGGCAACCAGUUUGGAAUGGGUAACUCCCAGUUUGGGGUCUCCCCACCUAUGGGAGGGACCAUCCUGGUGACCACGGGGGUCAAG